GACACACUGUCAUGGGACACAUGUUGUCUUAGCAAACAUUCCCAUCUGGACUGACCAAUGACUGUUGAACAGAGCCAGCUGUAAUCUCAGAGGAAUUCUGUUUUUACAACUGAGGCAAUCUAUCAUAACCAAACUGGGAGAAGGAACACAGGUGAUUUCCGAGAUGCUGCUCUCUAUAGGGAUGCUCAUGCUCUCCGCCACACAAGUCUACACCAUCUUGACUGUGCAGAUUUUUGCUUUCCUGAACCUGCUGCCUGUAGAAGCAAACAUUUUAGCAUAUAAUUUUGAAAAUGCAACUCGGACGUUUGAGGACCUUCCAGCAAGAUUUGGCUAUAGACUACCAGCUGAAGGGUUAAAGGGUUUUUUGGUUAACUCGAAACCAGAGAAUGCUUGUGAACCCAUAGUGCCUCCACCACUAAAAGACAAUUCAUCCAGCACCUUCAUCGUAUUGAUUAGAAGACUUGAUUGUAAUUUUGAUAUAAAGGUUUUAAAUGCACAGAGAGCAGGAUACAAAGCAGCCAUAGUUCACAAUGUAGACUCUGAUGACCUGAUUAGCAUGGGAUCCAACGACAUUGAUGUAUUAAAGAAAAUUGACAUUCCAUCUGUCUUUAUUGGUGAAGCAUCAGCUAAUUCCCUGAAAGAUGAAUUCACAUAUGAAAAAGGGGGCCACGUCAUCUUAGUUCCAGAACUGAGUCUUCCUUUGGAGUACUAUCUGAUUCCUUUCCUCAUCAUAGUGGGCAUCUGCCUCAUCCUGAUAGUCAUUUUUAUGAUCACAAAAUUUGUCCAGGACAGACAUAGAAACAGAAGAAACAGACUUCGUAAAGAUCAACUUAAAAAACUCCCUGUACAUAAAUUCAAGAAGGGAGAUGAGUACGAUGUAUGUGCUAUUUGUUUGGAGGAAUAUGAGGAUGGAGAUAAGCUAAGGAUCCUUCCCUGUUCCCAUGCUUAUCACUGCAAGUGUGUAGAUCCCUGGCUAACUAAAACCAAAAAAACCUGUCCAGUCUGCAAACAAAAAGUUGUUCCUUCCCAAGGUGAUUCGGACUCUGACACAGACAGCAGUCAGGAAGAAAAUGAAGUGUCAGAGCAUACCCCUUUACUCCCACCUUCAGCUUCUGUCAGGACCCAGUCAUUUGGGUCUUUGUCAGAAUCCCACUCACAUCAGAACAUGACAGAGUCUUCAGACUACGAGGAAGAUGACAAUGAGACCGACAGCAGUGAUGCAGACAAUGAAAUUACUGAACACAGUGUUGUGGUCCAGCUGCAGCCCAAUGGUGAACAGGAUUACAACAUAGCAAAUACUGUGUGACUUUCAGGUGGUUGGUUUAUUUCCCUUUAAAAUGUUUAUUUAGGUAUAUGAUUUGGUUUUUCUGCUCUCUUAGAGGUUUCUGUAGAAAUAACUUAUUUUUUAAUUUUCUAGUGUAAUCACGUUCCUGAAAUAGGCUAUUUGAUCUAUGACACUUAUCUCCAAUAGUAUACAUCCAUUUCACUAACAAGUAACACACUGGUGCUGUACUUCAGGCAUCAAAUUAGCUCUCUGGGAAUGAUGAAAUGUAGCCAAGACACUUUUAAAAUCCUCAAUAUAGCUUGAAAUGAAGACCUAGAUCACAAUAUGCCACUGUCUUCCACACGAAGUCUGCUAUGGUCAUCUAGCAUGAGCUAAAACAACUUCCACUUCCAUAAAGUUGCCUAGAACUGUUGGGUUGGUACGUAUCUGCUCUGAUAUUCCCUCUCAUGAGUAGUGAGGGACAACGGGGAAUUUAGGAUUUUUCCUCCUAGAACCACAGAGAAACUAAAAGAUGUCAUUUUCUUUCCUAUUCCCAAAUAUUUUUUCCUCAUAAGAAAUGUCUAGUGUAGACUUCAAAUAUUUCAUUUUAGGGUUUUUAAAACAGUAUAGUGUUAUGAGUUUGAUUCCACAGGAACAUCUCUGUACCUUACUUUUCCAUAUUUCAGUAUCCUUUUGUGUUGCAAUAAAAAAAUGCUGCAUAAAAAUACCAAAUUUCAGCAACUGUUAAUACUGAAAUCAUAUACCUCUUCAUAAAGAGCAUCUUAUGCUAGUUAGCCCUGCUGAACCAUGUGCAGAGGAAAUCGUUCAUGUAUUGGGUUUGAAAAUAAGUGCUUUUGCUUAACAGAACUAAUGUAUUGAGGCAAUGUAUUAUGAAAAGCUAAAUUGUAUAACACUGUAACUAUGAAAAUAUACUUAAAUAUAAUCAGAAUGCUAAGACUUUUUAUAUGGCCUUGUAUGAUGGGAGCUUCAAUGUUAAUAAAUGUUUUCCAUUUUAAAAGCCACAAA